AUGUUCCCCGGCCUUUCUGUUACCUCUUUCUCAGCUAUUACAGAACCAUCUAAGUUCAUGACUGAGGAUCCAACUAAAUUGUUUAAUGCUUUGGGAUAUUACUAUUCCAUUGGCCUCAUGCAGCAAUUAGAUGAACUUCAAAACAUUUCCGAUUGCCUCUUCCAAGGAAUUGAACAAGAAUUCGAUGCACUCAAAAAGAGAAUGGAUGAUAUCAAUGCGAAAUACCAAUCACUUAAACAAAAAGUUCCACAAAGUAUCGAGAAACUCUCAAAAGUUAAUGCAACAGCUUUCAUCAAGAAUCCAUGCAGACAAAUGUGCGCUCCGAUCGGUCAAAAUCAGGACUCAAUCUCCUUAGGAAUGUCGAAUAACCUUGUUCAAGUACUUUACUCAAUUGCCAAGCCACCACCAACACUCGAAGCAUGGAAGCCACUUAUUCCUGACUACCAGAAUCUCGACAAACUCAUCUCAAACCCAGAAUCCUUCAUGGAUAUGUUCAAGGCUGAAAUGCUUAGAGAUUGUCAGAACCUCGUCAACCAGAAACACAAGGGUGAAGGUAAAAAGAAGAGAUCCGAGAGUCUUGAAGCCAAAACUGAACAGGCUCUCAAUGUUAUGAUUGUCAAAGUUUUACCACUUCCUACACUCGUACAACAGCCACCACCUGUUGGAAAGACCACAGGCUGGAACAAGCCACUUACGUUCAAGUCAUCUAUCACUUCUUCCAGUGAAGAUGUCGCAUUUGCUGCUGCAACAGUCAAACCAGCCAUUCUUUCCACUCCAGAGCAGCGUAAGAGGACACCAAGACCAGCUCCAAAGCCAAUUCAGCUUCCAGACCCAACUCCAGCUCCAACACCCGCUCCAGCUAAAUCAUCUUCAUCCAAGUCCUCUAAAUCAUCGUCCUCAUCAUCGAAGACUUCAUCCAAGGCAGCUCCAGCACCAGCACCAGCCCCUGCAGCACCUCCUGCACCAGCAGCAGCUGCUCCUCCACCACCACCUCCACCACUUCCGAAGUCAACAGGAAGCGCUCCACCACCUCCUCCACCUUCUGGCGGCGGCGGAAUGAGCCACUUGGAUUUGAUCAAACAAGGAAACUUCAAACUCAAGAAGGCUUCAACGGAAAAACCAAAGGAAGAGCCAAAGAAGAACGUCGAUCCAAACGCUCUCUCUGUCGGUGAACUGCUUCAGUAUAUGGCUUCAAUCAGAGCCGAUGUCGAGGCUUCUGAUGAUGAAGAAGGAGAAGACGAGUCCUCAUCAGAAGAUUGGUAA